GAGACAAGAAUCAUGGAACUUUAUCAAGGAGAGCAGGAGCGAUGGGUGAAUGCCACUAAAGAGAAAAUAUGUGAGAAUAGUUGAGUGGAAAACAACUCUAGUCUGCUGCACCAGAUUGUUGAUAUCAGUGAUGUGGACAGUGAAGGUGGUUGGCCUGGGGGUGGUGGCCCUCUCUCUGGAGCUGCUUGCCUGGUUCCUUCGUCGCCGCAGGCCUGAGAGAACCCUGAAUGAGGUCCUCUUCUUCCCUUCAGAAAUGACCUGUGUGGAGCACUUCUUCCGUCCCUCUUCACCUCAUUCCUGUUUCUGCUCGUUGCCUCAUGGUAUAGAGACCUCUUUCGCCCGUCUUCUCCACCACCUCCUAUCUGCAACAUCCUCUCUGGAUUUGUGUGUUUUUGCCUUUUCGAACAUGGAUCUAUGCAGGGCUAUACUAGCCCUGCAUAGAAAGGGCAUUAUCAUCAGAGUCCUCACUGACAAGGACUAUACCGCCAUCACUGGCUCUCAGAUAGGGAUCCUCCGCAAGUCUGGGAUCUGUGUGCGGUGUGGCGUGGGCUCUGUGUACAUGCAUCACAAGUUUGCAGUGAUGGACCAUCGGCUCCUCAUCACCGGCUCCCUCAACUGGACGCUGACAGCAGUGCAGAGCAACAUGGAGAACAUCGUUAUCACUGAGGAGCCAGAGCUGGUGCAACCCUUCAUCAAGGAGUUCCACAGGUUAUGGGUGGACAGUGAUCCAGCUCGAUACCACCGAUCAAUUGACCAAAAACCUGCUCAGUCAGAGCUCAUGAGAGAGCUUUGAGGUAGAAGGUGUGCAUCUAAAAGCUCU